UUACUGACAUCUAGUAAAAACUUAUCUAUGCCUAAAAUACACUAAAGUACCGUGAAAACAAAGCUACAAAAGGAGGUUAAGAAAAGAUCAUUGUGUAGUGUAUUUAACGUAAAUCAAACUGGAAAUGGAAAACAGUGGUGAAAGUGGAGACGAUGGACCUCUGGGUCCGUCUGCAUUCCUUGGCGGUAGUGGCGUUUCCGCCUCGUAUAUUAGCGUACAAUCUGAUGAUAUGGAAGAUGAUCCUGAAAAUACGGACGACUCGAAUCACGGAGCCAGUGAUCCCUUGCAGGGAGUUGGAGGUGGCAGUGGCGGAGGACCUCUUCGCGAACAGGACCGGUUUCUUCCCAUAGCGAAUGUUGCUAAAAUUAUGAAGAGAGCGAUACCAGAGGCAGGAAAAAUAGCGAAAGAUGCACGCGAAUGUGUUCAAGAAUGCGUAUCUGAAUUUAUAUCCUUCAUAACGUCCGAGGCAAGUGACAGGUGUCACAUGGAGAAACGCAAGACUAUCAAUGGUGAAGAUAUUUUGUUUGCUAUGACGACUCUUGGUUUUGAUAAUUACGUAGAACCGUUAAAAGUAUAUCUACAAAAGUACCGAGAAGCGACGAAAGGAGAUAAUCCUCCAGGUAGUGGUACGGCAACAGGCAAUGGAAAAACUGAACCACAAGGAACCAUAUACGAAGAUCAGUUGUUUGCUAUUGCCGCGACAGCGUCGAGUGCCACCACGUCAGAUACACCCGUUAUAUAUAGUUACACGUCUGCCGAUCAAAUGCAAUUCCAACUUUCCUGAUUAUUAUGUGUUAAGAUGAUGUUAAAUAUAUAUUAUUUAAUGUGAAAUUUACAAAACGAGUCUCUCAACUAUGCGCGUACCUUUUGCAUGCAGGAUUACAUUUUGUAAAAGACUGUCAAAUUGGUUUACUAAACUGUGUGGUAAGCUAAUCUGUUAUUGUAUUGGAGUAUGUCCUUAAGAAAUCUCCAAAAUAAAGACGAUUUAACUUUGGGCAAGUUUUUUGUAAAGAAAAGUGAAAUGCAAAAGGAAAUAAAACCAGUAGGCAGUUCACAAA